AUGGACGACCGAGCGGAGACGCAGCGAAUCGAGGAGCGCCUGCCGCAGGGAACCGAUGAGCGGCUUGCGAGACCUUGGCUGUCGACGCGAGGAGCGAUUACGCCGGUGGCAAUACUGCAGCCGCUAUCCUCUCCGGUCGGCGACGUGGUGAUGUACACGAGUUCGGUGGCGGGACACAACCUGCGGAUGUCGUUGGGGAGUUCGGUGGCGGAGGCGCGAUCACACAAGACGAGCGCAGGGUCGACGUCGGGCAAACAAGGCCGAGACGAGGAAGCUAAGGCACCACCAAAGGCGGAGCCGGAGGGAGGUGGCGAGGCGGAUGCACUCGCGGCCCGGCGCCGGAUGCUGAUACGCCAGACGAGCUCAAACCUGUCCACUGUCAUGCAAGCCUCAUCGCGAGAGCUGAUGGCUUGCGGAGAGUGUGACCGUGUGGUGAGCGGAAUCGUUUUGCUCGAGUACAUGGUAUCGAGUGAGGACCUGUCGCGCGGCCUCGACCCUCGGCUGCACUAA